UGACCGGAGCUCGCGAUGGGGGCCGGCCCGGCCGAGGGCAGCGGCUGUGGAGCGAGGAGGGGGCUUUUUUCCUUUGAAGGGAGCGAGAAGCCCCCUCGGGCGCUUGGGCGGGCGCGGCCUGGCGCGCAGAGCGGGGGAGGGGCGGGCCAGGGCGGCGGAGGUGGCGCAACCGCCGCCCCUCCCGAGGCCAAGUUUGAAAAAAGGACGCGGUUCCCGCCAUUUUUCAAGCCUAAAAAUAAAACUUUCUCUCUUGUUUCCUCGCUCCCUCUUUGCCCUCGGCCUUGCCCAUUCCGACCUCCCAGAGGCAGCCCGGGUCGACCGGGGCCAACCGUUGUGGCGACGGCUUCGCCCUUCCCCCUGCGCCGCGGCGGCGGCGGAGCCCGGGGCUCCUGCCCCGGGAGGAUGGCCCCUCCGUGUGGGCGGGCGGCGGCUCCUCACGCCAGCCGGGGCGCGCCACAGGCCGCCACAGCGCCAUGUUGGCGGGUGCCCGUCUCCCUCCGCCUGGUUCGAGAACUUGUCUUGGACAAUUGCAAAUCAAAUGAUGGAAAAAUUGAGGGCUUAACAGCUGAAUUUGUGAACUUAGAGUUCCUCAGUUUAAUAAAUGUAGGCUUGAUCUCAGUUUCAAAUCUCCCCAAGCUGCCUAAAUUGAAAAAGCUUGAACUCAGUGAAAAUAGAAUCUUUGGAGGUCUGGACAUGUUAGCUGAAAAACUUCCAAAUCUCACACAUCUAAACUUAAGUGGAAAUAAACUGAAAGAUAUCAGCACCUUGGAACCUUUGAAAAAGUUAGAAUGUCUGAAAAGCCUGGACCUGUUUAACUGUGAGGUUACUAACCUGAAUGACUACCGAGAGAGUGUCUUCAAGCUCCUGCCCCAGCUUACCUACUUGGAUGGCUAUGACCGAGAGGACCAGGAAGCACCUGACUCAGAUGCCGAGGUGGAUGGUGUGGAUGAAGAGGAGGAAGAUGAAGGAGGAUGUGCAUGAGACUAUGUUAUGUGUACUUCGUUGCCAACCAACACCACAGCUGCAGAACUAUUCAAGUCUUUUGAAUGAUUACAUAUCAGGAAAACUGAAUUGGUCAUUUUGUGUCGUAUAUGCACAGAUGGAGCGGCUGCCAUGGCUGGACGGCUUUCUGGUUUACUACUCGAGUCAAAGAGGUCACUUCUGGAUGUGAGUCUAUGCACUGUGUCAUCCUUAGAGAAAUGCUGGCUAGCUGACAGAUGUCACCUGAACUUAACAUUUUGCAGGAUGUGAUUAAAAUUAUCAACCACAUUAAAGUACAUGCCUGUUCACGCAGCUGUUUAACCCAUGUCUGUUCACGCAGCUCUGUGAGAUGGAUGCAGAGAAUACUUCUCUUACACAGAGAAGCGAGGUGGUGUUCUAAAGGUGGAUCACUGGCCAGAGUUUUUGAGUUACGAGGCCUGCUCCAGAGAUUUCUUUUAGAAUUAACAGUCACCACUAGCAGAACAUUUUAGUAACAGAAUAAGUGGUAAAACUUUUUUUUUUUUAUAAGUUCAGGGGUUCACGUGCAGGUUUGUCGCAUAGAUAAACAUGUGCCAUCCCAUCACCUAAGUAUUAAGCCCACUGUCCAUUAGCUAGUCUUCCUGAUGCUCUCCCUCCCCAGCCCCCACUUAUAAGUGAGAACAUACGUUAUUUAGUUUUCUGUUCUGAGCAUUGGGAUUUUUGACAUGUUUCAAACAGUAGCAGUGAUUUUGAAAGAGACUGAGCCAGGGCCGCCUUUCUCGCAGCUGGUGCAUGAUCAUCUAUCUCAGCUUUCAAAAGAGUUUGAGCAUUACUUCCCAACCACAAAAGACCCCAACCUGGGAAGGAAUGGAUCCACGACCCAUUUGUGAAUAAGCCAGGUCAAUUGACUUUGUUCAUGCUUGAAGAGGAUCAACUGGUUGAGAUCACAAAUGGCAGUGGCCUUAAAAGUAUGGUUUGAGAUAACUUCAAAAUCUCUAUAUUCUGGAUUAAAAUCAAGGUGGAAUAUCCCGAGAUUGCCAAAAAAGCACUGAAAAACCUGCUUCCAUUUCCAAUAUCCUAUCUUUGUGAAGCAAAGGUUUCUGCAGUGACAGCAACCAAAACAAGAUUAUGGAGUAUACUGGACAUAAGCAGCACACUUCGGGUGUCAAUGUCUCCCAUUGCCCCCAGAUGGGACUGUCUAGUUGCAGGGAAAACAAGCUCAGGGUUCCCAAUGAUUCCACAUUAUCAUGAGUUGUGUAUCAUUAUAUGUUACAAUGUAAUAAUAGAAAUAAAGUGCAGAAUAAAUAUAAUGCAUUUGAAUCAUUCUGAAACCAUCCCCCGACCCACAGGCUGUGGAAACGUUGUCUUCUACAAAACUGGUCCCUGGUGCCAAAAAGGUUGAGGACCACUGUCCUACUGUACUACAGUCAUCAUCUUGGGUAAAUCUCUUGAUUCAUAAGGCCUGACACUUAGUAGGUACUUGGUACCUGUUUGUUAUUGCCAACUAUAAAUAAAAUAGCUUUCCCUUCCAUUGACAUAUGACCAGAGUUUAAAAAGGUAAUGAUUUCAAAUAACUAUAUGUUAGAUUCCAUUUUUCAUUCAUAAGGGAAAGAAUCUCUGAUCAUAACAUAGAAUUAAAAGAUGAUUUUCAGUAGUUUUGGCAUUUGACCCAGGAUGUUUACAUAUUUUACAGAUUUACUGAUUUUAAGAAAUAACUAAUACUUCCUACCCAAGAUAUCACUCCUGUUAAGUUUGUGUUUUCUUUGCAUGCUGAGUUUGUUUACUCUCAGUCGUUCUUAGAAUAAAACACUUCUUACCUCCAGGUGGCUUAGAGCAGCAGUCUCCAACCUUUUUGGCACAGGAACUGAUUUCAUGGAAGAUAGUUUUUCCACAGAUGCGGGAAAGGGGUUGGGGGCAGCAGCUGAAUGGUUUUGAGAUGAAACUGUUCCACCUUACAUCAGGCAUUAGAUUCUCAUAAGGAGUGCACAGUCUAGAUCCCUCCCAUGCGCAGUUCACAAUAGAAUUUGCACUCAUGAGAAUCUAACAGGUGAUGUGACAGGAGGCGGAGCUCAGGUGGUAAUGUUCACUGGCCUGCUCUUCACCUCCUGCUGUGCGGCCCAGGCCACAGACCAGUGCCAGUCCUGGGAGUUGGGGACCCCUGGCUUAGAGGAAGCAGAAUGAUUAGUUUUCACAUCAGUAAGUAUAAAUACCUCUUUUCUUUAAAAAUUAGCACAUACAGCAGAAAUUAUCAAGAAGAUAGAGGAAGAAAAGAAGGAGGUUGGGUGCAAUUAAUGGAAGCAUUUUUGCAGUUUUUUUUUUUUUUUGAAGCAUAUUGAGACAGGCAAAAAUUAAUGAGUUAUAAGGUGGUAAAAUGGACAGAGAAUAGGACAUCUCACCUACUUCCAAAUGUUAUGUCCCUUUGUCCCUUCUGUAAUUUUUCCAUUUUUCCUAAAAACCGUUUGUGCUUGUUGUCUAUUUAAGUUCACCUCAAGAACAGCCACAUGUGCAAGAGCUGGUAAAGGAUAUUCCUUGGAAGGUGGGGGGCAGUUCCUGAGAGCAAAGAUGGAUCAGCCAACAAAUACUGGAGUAUUUCCUAUGUGCCAGGCACUAUGGAAAAUAGUGAUUUAAAAAAAAAAAAAACAA